UGUUACACUGCAGCUUCUAUUUUGUAGAAUCUGUAAUUCAAUUCAACUUGUAACUUGAUUUAUGUUUACAUGUCAUCUAAUUGCCGGCAACUUCCGUUUUGUUGAUCUAUCUUAUUUUUUCGUUUAAUUUACCGAGGUUAAUAGUUGCUUAACUCUUAUUAUUUUGUAUUUACUUUCUGUUUUGCCAAGAUGAAUGAAAACGGUGAUGGCGACUGUGAAGAUAUCACCUUUAAGUGGAGUAAAAAAGUGCCCUUUCACAAAGUUGGUGAAAAUUAUAAAACGGAUGGUUAUGUUGUUACUCCUAACACUGAAGAUCUUUUGAGGAGUCAUGUCAAGAGAAUUGGCGGUCAAGUUCGCACAAGAUUUCCUCCUGAACCAAACGGAAUUUUACAUAUCGGUCAUGCUAAGGCAAUCAACAUAAAUUUUGGCUAUGCCAAGGCUAACGGUGGUAUCUGUUUUCUUAGGUAUGAUGAUACUAAUCCUGAGAAAGAGGAAGAACGUUUUGUUCGAGAAAUUCAAGAAAUGGUUGAAUGGCUUGGUUACAAACCGUAUAAGAUUACUUAUUCUUCAGAUUACUUUGAUUUGCUUUAUCAAUAUGCUUAUGAGCUUACUCGAAGAGGCCUUGCCUAUGUUUGCCAUCAAAAACCAGAAGAGCUACGUGGUUUUGAUCCACCACCAUCUCCUUGGAGAGACAGGCCUGUCGAAGAAAAUUUAAAGCUUUUCGAGGACAUGAAAAAUGGGAAAAUGCAAGAAAAUGAAGCAACUCUUCGCAUGAAAACUACACUCGGUGAUAAUAAAGUUGAUCCAGUUGCCUAUCGAAUCAAGUACAAGCAUCACCAUCGUACUGGAGACAAAUGGUGCAUCUAUCCUACUUAUGAUUUUACGCACUGCUUAUGCGAUUCUAUUGAAGAUAUCACCCAUUCUUUGUGUACUAAGGAAUUUCAGUCUCGUCGAGCGUCUUAUUAUUGGUUGUGUAACUCACUUGAUCUCUAUUGUCCAGUUCAGUGGGAAUACUCUCGUCUCAACAUGGCCAAUACUGUAGUGUCAAAGAGAAAGAUUGCCAAACUAAUUGAAGAAAAGAUUGUUGCUGAUUGGGAUGAUCCCAGACUUUAUACUCUCACAGCUCUUCGUCGUCGAGGUUUCCCGCCCCAAGCAAUUAAUUCUUUUUGCCUUUCUUUGGGCUUAACGGGAGCUCAAACAAUAACCGAACCUCAUAUGCUCGAAGCUCAUGUUCGAGAUUAUCUCAAUAAAUAUGCUCCUAGAGCUAUGUGUGUCAUGGAACCAUUAAAAUUGAAAGUGCUAAACUAUGACAAGUACUUUCAAAGUAAACCACACUCUCUAACCGUUGAAAACUUACCUACCAAUCCAUCAUUAGGUAGUCACUCAAAAAUCUUCGAUGAGUAUGUUUAUAUCGAGCGUGAGGACUUUUGUGAAGGUGCCAUGCCGAAAGGAUACAAACGUUUGACUAAUGAACAAACUGUUGGUUUACGGUUUGUAAACAUGGUUGUCUCUGUUCACCAAGUGAUUAAAGAUGAAGACGGUAACAUAAAAGAAAUUGAAGUCAAUAUAGCCCCAGUCGGUGAAGUUAAAAAGCCUAAAGCUUUUAUUCAUUGGGUAUCGCAUCCUCGCCCAGUAGAGAUCCGUCUUUAUGAUCAUUUAUUUAAACAUAAAAAUCCUGAAGACAAAGACAAAGUUCCUGGUGGUUUUGUAUCUGACGUCAACCAUAAUUCAUUAAAAGUAGUAUCCGGAGCCUUAGUUGAUAUUGAAGGAUCUUACGAAAAACUGAAAAAUGAAAGAUACCAAUUUGAAAGGAUUGGUUAUUUUGCACUAGACCCGGAUUCUACUGACGAUAAAUUGGUGUUCAACAGAAUUGUGACUCUUAGAGAAGAUAAAGAUAAAUAAACUACAAAAAUUUUUAUGCAUGAA